CAAUUUAGUGCCAACAAACCUAAGGAAUAAUGUGUUAGAAACUCACACCUAGUUUGGUCUCUGCUCUAUUCCUUGUUCGCUCAAGGUCGAACGUAUCUCUGUGUCUAACGUCUACCCAAAGCCAUUGAAAAAAAGAUUAAUACCUUCAUCACUAUUUCAAGAGACGGUGAUCUCAACAAUGCCGAAUUCAUAUCUGAAAGUUCGAAAGGAAACUCUAGUCAAAAUGUUCCGGAUAACGGUUUUUCUUGCACUAAUGGUUGGUCAUAGUAACCAGUGCUCCAGAAAACACCCAGAAAUGAAACUUUCGAGGAUAAAAGACAACUGUCCGCGGGUUGAUGACAUAACUAAGGAGCCUCCGUUAAAAAUCAAAUGCCGCAGAGGGAAUUGUGCUGAGUGGUGCGAAACCUUCGGUGAUUGUCUCCAGCAAUCCUUUGAGUGGCGGAAAAAAUGCGCACGGAAGUUUAAAAAACUCUUUAGGGGACAUCGCCGGACAAAGAUCAAGGUGAAUGCCAGAGGAAACCAGUCAUCAUAUAACAUUGACGUCAAAUUUUGUGGAUGGAAGAGUCGUUACAAAGUUUACACCAUUAAGUUACUUGAUAGCGUAUCGCAAGAAAAUGGUGAUCUGCAAGAAGGGGAAAACUUACGCAAAGAGUACUUGCUCAGCUCUUUGAAGUCCGUUACUGAGUAUUAUUCCGAUGAGAUACGCAACAAAAGUGAAGAUAAGAAGGAAAAGAUAGAGGAAAUGUUUUUUGAAUUGACCACGUUGGAAACAUCCUUGCUGGAAACUGCACAACUCAAAUUCAAUCACACAACAAGCGAAUUUAAUAUGAGCAGCAUUUAUGCAGAUGUUCUGGUCAGGAAAACUUUCUACCAAAAUGAAAGCCACCACUUUCGUCUGGAAGAACCUAACGGGGAAAAUUUCCUGAGCAUUCCAUCGGGAAACUUGGACAAUGGUUCAGUAGUACUUGGAAUGAUAUACAAAGACCUCCAUCAAUUAUUCAUCACUAACCAGACAGAGAACAGUACUCUGAACAAUUCCAGGGAAGUCACCUCCAUUAUUAUGGCUGCCACAAUAACUCCUCCACCCAAGAAACUUCAGGAAAAUAUAACUUUGAAGUUCAAAAACAUUAAGAAUUCAAAUAACAAGAAAAAGUGUAUGUUCUGGAACAUGUUGGAUGAUAGUUCCAUUGGCUGGUCAGGAGAAGGGUGCUAUGUCAAAUCUACUGAUGCAUACCAAACAGAGUGCACCUGCAAUCAUUUGACUCAUUUUGCUGUUCUUCUGGACACAUCUUCUGGAACAGAGACUGCCGAUAUAUCAGCGAAUGAUGAAAAGAACUUGGAAAUUCUCACAUACGUCGGGCUGACCCUCUCUGUAAUUGGGAUCUCAUUGACGAUAAUCAGCUAUGUUACUCUCACAGACAUGAGACGACCUUUAUCCCAGAUUCGAGUGAGUCUCGUCGCUUCUCUUGGAGCAGGACAAAUCAUGUUUCUUGCCGGGAUUGGAGCGACUGGGAACAAGGGAGGUUGCGUUACAGUGGCGGCCCUUAUGCAGUACUUUUUGAUGGCCGCCUUCUGCUGGAUGCUGGUCGAGGGAAUCUACCUCUACCUGUUUAUUGUAAAGGUCUACAACGUUGGCAACAAGUUAAGAAUGUGCCAUGGAAUUUCAUGGGGCCUUCCCGCGCUCAUCGUUGCCAUAUCACUGAGUAUUGCAGCUGGAAAAGAUGGGAUCGAAAGUUUUUUGGCUAAUAAAUACUGCUGGAUGUCUUCUGCCAAUGGUCUGAUCUGGAUAUUUAUAGUAUUUGUCGUGCUGAUUGAAUUUUUUAACAUUCUGAUCCUCGGGCGGGUUAUCAAGGAGAUGGUGACUAUGCAACAAGAGAAGGACAAACGUAGCGAACAAAUAAGACUUGGUGUGAAGGCAUGCAUAGUUAUGAUUCCUCUGCUGGGAAUCUCGUGGUUAUUUGGGUUAUUGGCACCCUUACACAAAGCUUUCGCCUACAUCUUCACGAUCCUCAACUCUUCACAGGGUUUCGUGAUCUUUCUUCUUCACUGCGUGAGGAACAGCGAGGUAAGAGCUCGUUUGAGAAGAAGGAUUCAGGCCAUCUUUCCAGCAAUGGAUGUUGGAACUAGCACUAAACGAACAUCCGUAAUGCCCUCAGAAGUAAAUGAGGAUUCCACAGCCAUUGCUGCGCCGAGAAAAAUAAAGGUUCACCCACUGAGUGACGGCGAAAAAACUAAAAGAGUCUCGAACAAAACCUCUAUGUAGUUGCCGAUAUGUUACAUUGUACAUAACAACUAUAACUUCGUAGUGCGGUAUAUACAAGCAAGAUAUUGUAAGUAAGGAAUCCGUCAGCUAAUUAUUCAAUAUAAUAUCAGAAUAGAACUCUGACAUAAAGGCCACGAAAAAAAAAAAAAAAAAACCAAAACAAAACAAAACGAUAGUCAGGGAAGUAAAUAAGUCGCUCUCUCUAGUGACGAGAGUCCUAAUUUGUUUCAAGUUUUUUCAGCUGCUAAUACUAAACCUUAAGUUGGUUUGUUAGUGCAUUGUCUGUGAUUUGAGACCAGAGCCCGGUUUCUAUACAAGAAACUAUUGAACGUUGAGGUUUUGAUCUGCUAUUUGUAGAUGCAUAUGCAUUUUGAAUUAAUUUCUGCUAACUCAUGAUUACCAAACGUAAAGCAUUUCAUGUUCUUAGAAAGUUAAUUUAAUUGAUGAAUCCAUGGUAUGACAUUUGCAUCUGCUUUUAAAAAGAUGGAAACGGCCAACAUUUAAAGCUUGUAAUUAAAGCUCUCCGUGGAGAUUGAGACCAUA